ACCUCACAGGUCGGUUCGGCUGGGCAGGCCGCGGAGCCGCGCUCCCGGGGCAGCAGCUCGUAACAAAAGCCUCGCUCACGGAAAAGAAAACCCGAAAAGAGAGCAGGUACCCCACCCGCCCUAAUCCUUUCCCUCAGGAAACGCGCGGAGGCCCCCCCGAAGCACGCAGCGGUGCAGAGGCCCCGUCCCGCUCUAGGCCGCACAAAGCGGGCAGCGCAGGCAGCUCCCGCAGGCCCGGCCCUCACCGCCCCGCGGCACGGCCCGCUCAGCGGCCGCGGGUCCGCAUCCAGGAGAGGCCGCUCGCCAGGCCGCGCACCCAGCGCUUCUUCCCCGAGCGCCGGCAGCGCCUCAUCACCGCAACCGGGACGGCGCGGGAGGCCGGGGGAAGCAAAGCGGGAGAGACGCACCUGGUGAGCGCCAUUUUGCCGCCUCCUACUCGGAGUUGGGCCGCGGGGCGGGGGAGGGACGCGCGCCGCAGACGCGCAUGCGCCGCAGCGAGCAGCUGGGAGUUGUAGUCAGGGAAACGUCACGCUGGGAACGGGCGCGGCCUCCCGCCGAGAGCGCGGUGGCUGCUGGGAGGUGCGUGUGUGGAGCGCGGCUGUCCGCGGCCGCCGCUUUGCGUUGCCUCCGGGAGGUGCGCGGCGCCUCGUGGAGCCUCCGGGCUGGCGAAGCUGCGGGGUCCUCUGGGUUAUGUGGUCCGAGCCCUGAUCCAUCACGGUCACCCGGAGCAGGCAGUCCUGCGCCACGUCCCGGCGGCAUUUGAAGAUCUGCAUUGAGCAGAGCCCGGUGGGCAGCCCGUGCCGGCGCUCUGCCGCGCGCACAGUGAAAUAGUGUUCCCCAGUCCUCAGAUGGAACGUCCCGUGUGCCAGUUUGUGCCCGCUGCCUGCUGGCCUGCAGCCCGCAUUCACCCUCCAGAGCUUGUAAGAAGGGGGGUAAGGAGUUCCUGCUGCAGUCCUGUGCCGAAGCGCUCAUCAUCUCGGCUGGGAGUUGGGUUUGGGGUUUGUACUUUGGUGGCAGCAGCUCUGUCAUCGUCUCUGUGAGUGACAGACGUCGCCUUCUCUCCAGGACAGCUGGCCUCUCAGGAGCUCUUCAGACAAAGGUUCACCAGUCAUGGCAAGAAGGGCCUUGAAACUUGCCUCGCUGGCAGCAGCUGCUUCUGGCAUCUACCUGUAUGGCAACAAGUUCAUGGAUCCCAAUGAUUUUGGAGUUGUUCGUGUGGGCCGAGCCAUUGCCACAACAGCAGUUAUCACCUAUGACUACCUCACCUCCCUUCGCAAUGUCCCAUAUGGAUCAGAGGAAUAUGACUUCCUCAAAUCACAGGUGCCUCCCAGCUGGAGUGAAACUGUGGGCCUUGGGAACGUUUUGCCUUCUCUCCUCCAGGUGCACCUGCGCUCUGCUGAGCGCCUCCGAGAGCUGUGCUGUGCCAACCGAGGCACCUUCAUCAAGGUGGGCCAGCACCUGGGAGCACUUGACUACCUGCUGCCAGAGGAGUACACCCGCACGCUCAAGGUGCUGCACAGCCAGGCCCCGCAGAGCACCAGGCAAGAGAUCGAGCAAGUCAUCCGUGAGGAUCUGGGCAAAGAGAUAAAAGAACUCUUUGUGAGUUUUGAGGACACGCCUUUGGGAGCGGCGUCACUGGCCCAGGUGCACAAGGCAGUGCUGCAGGAUGGGAGAACGGUGGCGGUGAAAAUCCAGCACCCAAAGGUCCAAGCUCAGAGCUCCAAGGAUAUUUUCCUCAUGGAGGUUCUUCUCUUGGUUGUGAAGCAGAUCUUUCCAGAUUUUGAGUUCAUGUGGCUGGUGGAAGAAGCAAAAAAGAAUCUGCCUUUGGAAUUGGAUUUCCUCAAUGAGGGCAGAAAUGCUGAAAAGGUUGCUCAGAUGCUCAAGAACUUUGAGUUCCUGAAGGUCCCCAGAAUCUACUGGGAGCUCUCAACAAGGCGUGUUCUUCUCAUGGAGUUCAUGGAAGGGGGACAGGUGAACGACAAGGCGUACAUGGAGAAGAAUGGCAUUGAUGUCAAUGAGAUCUCUCGCAACCUGGGGAAACUCUACAGUGAAAUGAUCUUUGUGAAUGGCUUUGUCCACUGUGACCCACACCCAGGCAAUGUGCUGGUGAAGAAGUGCCCAGACUCUGGCAAGGCCUACAUUAUCCUCCUGGACCAUGGGCUCUACCAGGUACUGAGCGAGUCAUUCCGCAUGGACUACUGCCGCCUUUGGCAGGCCCUCAUCAAGGCUGACAUGAAGAGAGUGCAGAAGUACAGCCGGCGGCUCGGGGCAGGAGAUUUGUACCCUCUCUUUGCCUGCAUGCUCACUGCCAGGUCCUGGGAAUCUGUCAACAGGGGAAUUGACCAGUCACCAGUCUCAGCCAGCGAGGAUGUGGAGAUCCGGUCCAACGCUGCUGCUUACCUACCCCAGAUCACCCAGCUCCUCAACAAUGUCCCCCGCCAGAUGCUGCUGCUGCUAAAGACCAAUGACUUGUUAAGGGGAAUUGAGUCAGCUCUGCACACACGGGCCAGUGCCAGUUCCUUCCUCAACAUGUCUCGCUGCUGCAUCAGAGCUGUUUCCACGUAUCAGAGGAGCAAAAGUCACUCGCUUUACAGGAGGGUCCACAUCUCACUCACAGAAGCACUGAGCCUGUGGCAGAUCAACUUGUAUGAACUUUUCCUGUGGCUGAAGGGAUCUCGUCUGGGGAGCUGGGUCAUUGCUUUCCUGAGUCGGAUGCACCAUUCCACGUAACUGACAUGAACUGGUGGGAGAGGCUCAAGUGUUCCCGCCGUCACUUCUACUCUGCAUGGCACAUUUGCCUUUAUGACUGUUUCUGUCUGUUCAGUGGGUCUUGGGUCUUGCUCCUUGUUACAUGCUGCACUGUCCUUGCUUAUAGCAUUAGCUUUCUCUGUGGCAGCAGGAGGUGGAGUAGGUAUGAGGGUUCUGCUGCUUUAUAGUUUAGGAAAGGAAGAUGUGGUAUACUGUGUCAGGAAAGGCAUAGCACUUUCUCUCCCCAUUUGAGCUGGGGAAAUUCCACACAGAUUCCAGUGGUACUGCACUGGAAGCAAAAGACUUUUCUAGGCUCUUUCUUAAACGAUCUUAGAAAAUUUAAGAGAAUCCCUGCCCUGCCUAGAAUACCUCAAAACAUUUAUUUGACCCUCAAAAAGAGAGGGUCCAAUCCCUUUAAAUUCUGAUAUGAUUUAUUUUAAUUAUUGCAGAGUCUCUCUAGUCUAACUUCUGCUCAAAUCUGCAGAGAGUUUCUCAGAAGUGAGACCUCGUGGAGAGCUGGCACUAUGGCUUCUACUUCCAGCACUAGGGCACCCUAAGGGUGAGAACAGUGGACUGGAACCCUGGCUUCCUGAGGUUCAUCUCUUGUAUUGUCAGCAAGUGCCUGUGUGGUUUUGGACUUUUCCAGUCCUGUUUCCUUGCAGAUGGAAUGAAGAAAGAGACAGUGGUACUACCUUUUUUUCAAAAUUCAUGGAAAGCAAGAGGAAGGACAACUCAGGGCUCUGAAGCUGCUGGUAAUGUAUGUGUGCUGUACAGAUGCUGCCACAUAUCAAAAUAAAUGUAUUGCAUCAAAGACA